CUAGACCAUACCACAGCUACGGUCACACACUGACACACACACGCAGAGGCAGGUGUGUGUGUGCAGCCUCUGCAGCAGGUCGGGCAAAUUGUGCAGCAUUCGGAUUUAUUUUUGCAUUAUUAUUAUUUUUAAUACACACAAUACACCGUCAUUAUGUUGUGGACGGCGGGUCAAGUCUUGAGGAAAUUCUCCACCUCAUCCCAUUAUUACCAGAAUAAGCUGAAACUAGCUAUAAUUGGCCAGAGCCUGUUUGGCCAGGAGGUGUACAGCAACCUGAGGAAGCAGGGUCACAAGGUGGUGGGCGUGUUCACAGUCCCAGAUAAGGAUGGCAAGGCCGACCCCCUGGCGGUGGCAGCAGAGAAGGACGGUACACCUGUGUUCAAGUUCCCACGGUGGCGGCUCAAGGGGAAGCCCAUCCCAGAGGUGGUGGAGGCCUACAAGGCAGUGGGCGCCGAUCUCAACGUCAUGCCAUUCUGCUCCCAGUUCAUCCCUAUGAACAUCAUUGACCACCCCCAGCAUGGCUCCAUCAUCUACCACCCCUCCAUCCUGCCCCUGCACAGAGGAGCCUCAGCCAUCAACUGGACCCUGAUCCACGGUGAUAAAAAAGGUGGUUUCACAGUGUUCUGGGCUGAUGAUGGUCUGGACACUGGACCAAUCCUGCUGCAGAGGGAAUGUCCUGUUGAAGCCAAUGACACUGUGGACACACUCUACAACCGCUUCCUCUUCCCAGAAGGCAUCAAGGCCAUGGUUGAGUCGGUGCAGCUCAUCGCUGAUGGGAAAGCUCCUCGAAUUCCCCAGUCAGAGGAGGGAGCGACUUAUGAAGGCAUUCAGAAGAAAUCCAAUGCCAAGGUGAACCUGGCCCAGCCAGCUGAGGCCAUCCACAACUGGAUCCGCGGUCAUGACAAAGUCCCCGGUGCCUGGACUGUCAUUGAUGGUCAGUCUGUGACCCUGUAUGGCUCGUCCAUGUUGGGGGGGUCUGUACCAGCCGGUCAGCCCCUGGAGAUUGAGGGUGCGUCACAGCCCGGCCUGGUAACCAAGAACGGGCUCGUCCUGCAUGGAACUGAUGGAAAAGCACUCCUGGUGAAGAACCUGCAGUUUGAAGAUGGGAAGAUGAUCCCUGCCUCCAAGUACUUCUCCUCUGGAGAAAGCUCCAGCGUGGAGCUGACCGACGAUGAGAAGAAGAUGGCAGAGGAGAUCAGGAAUAUCUGGAAAGGCAUCCUCAGCAACGUCUCAGCCAUAGAGGACACCACAGACUUCUUCAAGGCUGGAGCCGCCUCCAUGGAUGUGGUCAGGCUGGUGGAGGAGGUGAAGCAGAAGUGUGCCGGCGUCCAGCUGCAGAACGAAGACGUGUACAUGGCCACCACUUUCCAGGAUUUCAUCCAGAUGUUCGUCCGCAAGCUGAGAGGAGAGGACCAGGAGGAGGAGCUGGUCAUCGACUAUGCAACCAAAGAAGUGAACAACAUGACAGUAAAAAUGCCGCACCAGUGUUUUGUUAACGGCCAGUUCGAGGACGCAGAAGACGGCAAGAGCUACGAUACCAUCAAUCCUACUGAUGGAUCAGUUAUCUGUAAGGUGUCCUACGCCUCAGUGGGGGAUGUGGACCGGGCGGUGGCGGCUGCCAAAGAAGCUUAUGAUAAUGGGCCCUGGGGCCGGAUGAACCCUAGAGACAGAGGAAGUCUGCUUUACAAGCUUGCAGACCUGAUGGAGGAACACCAGGAGGAGCUGGCCACCAUCGAGUCCAUCGAUUCAGGAGCCGUGUACACGCUGGCCCUCAAGACCCACGUAGGCAUGUCCAUCCAGACCUUCCGCUACUUCGCCGGCUGGUGUGAUAAGAUCCAGGGCAAGACGAUUCCCAUCAACCAGGCCAGACCCAACCGCAAUCUGACCUUCACUAAGAAAGAACCACUGGGUGUGUGUGCCAUAGUCAUCCCAUGGAACUACCCUCUCAUGAUGCUGGCAUGGAAGAGUGCUGCCUGCCUCGCAGCUGGAAACACACUCGUUCUUAAACCAGCACAGGUCACUCCGUUGACAGCACUGAAGUUUGCAGAGCUGUCAGUGAAAGCUGGAAUUCCAAAAGGAGUCAUCAACAUUUUGCCAGGCUCAGGUGGGAUGGUGGGACAGCGUUUGUCCGAUCACCCGGACAUCCGCAAGCUGGGUUUCACCGGCUCUACUCCUAUCGGCAAACAGAUCAUGAAAAGCUGUGCGCUCAGUAACCUGAAGAAGGUUUCUCUGGAGCUGGGAGGAAAGUCGCCUCUCAUCAUCUUCAGUGACUGUGACAUGGACAAGGCUGUCCGCAUGGGAAUGAGCUCUGUGUAUUUCAACAAAGGUGAGAACUGCAUUGCUGCCGGGCGUCUGUUUGUGGAGGAGUCCAUUCACGAUGAGUACAUCAGCCGAGUGGUGGAGGAGAUCAAGAAGAUGAAGAUCGGAGACCCGCUGGAUCGCUCCACAGACCACGGCCCGCAGAAUCACAAAGCCCACAUGGACAAGCUGCUGGAGUACUGCGAGGUCGGAGUGAAAGAAGGAGCCACGCUGGUAUACGGAGGCAAACAAGUGGACAGGCCAGGUUUCUUCAUGGAGCCCACUGUGUUCACUGACGUGGAGGACCACAUGUUCAUCGCCAAAGAGGAGUCCUUUGGCCCUGUCAUGGUGGUGUCCAAAUUCAAAGACGGCGAUGUGGACGGCGUGCUACAGAGAGCCAACGACACAGAGUACGGCCUGGCUUCAGGUGUGUUCACCCGCGACAUCAACAAGGCCAUGUAUGUGAGCGAGCGGCUGGAGGCUGGAACAGUAUUCGUCAACACCUACAACAAGACCGACGUGGCUUCACCUUUUGGAGGUUUCAAGCAGUCCGGCUUCGGCAAAGACCUCGGUGAGGACGCUCUCAUGGAAUACCUCAAGACCAAAGCAGUGACUGUGGAGUACUGAGGCACAGACUCUCCUAACGAACUCUGACCCACAUCUGAAUAGGAAGGGACUCGUCUGUCUGCUUCGAUCAGACAUCCAACUACAUUCAGCAUUGCUUCUGGACGGCGUGUGUGUGCGUGAGUGUGUGUGUGUGUGUGUGUGUGUGUGUGUAUAGUACGAGUGAGAGGAGAGCUUUGUUGUUUGUCUCGGCUCAGUUUGAACAAUGUGCCUGUCUGUUGGCUUUCUGCGUGAAAAUUCACAUCAUGGACGAGGAACGUGAAGUUUUUACCCGCCUCUAUAUCAAACACAUACAACCUACAGUUGGACACCGCUUUGCCUGAUGGGAGCUGAGCUGUUUCUGACUGUAUGUUUCAAGGUUUCAGUUCUUCCAUAAUCAGCAUGAAAGAUGCAAGAAAGCUGGAUUUUACAUAAUAACACUACUCACAAAUUUCUGCCUGAAACCUGUUUUUCCAAUCGUCAAUCAUGCCAGUUCAAAAUUUAGAAAUGAUCUGCCUUUCUCAUUGACUUGUGAAGCUGCUUUCACCAUUCCUUUAACAUCCCUUUUUUAUUGUUUGGCAGCUUUUAGGCAUUUGUGUACCGUAGCAGAAAAAAGACAAAGGUAUUAGUUAGUGCAUAAACUAAUUUAUAAAUGAGUGUGAAUGUUAAACAGUGUGUUCAGAUGCCUUUUGGGUUGAGUUUUGGAGAAUCCGGUGCCCUCACACUGGAGAACUGCAUCUCAGUAGCAAAAAAUAGUACCAAUAGUGAAGCUAUUGAUCAGAAUUGAUUGUCAAGUUGAUGGGAAAACAGGGUUCAGGUCAAAAAGUUCUUUUGAGUCCUUAAUCCAAAUGAAAAUAGUUUUAACAAAGUAAUAUCAACUCAAUGUCUACUUACUAUGUUUUUUCAAAGCUUUCAACCCCACUCAAAAGCUUGCAACAAAGCUAGUAGGUUGAUCCUGAGUUUAAGAGUAUCUUCACACCAGGCUGGAAAGCUGUGCUUCACUGUCUUCACUGGUUAGAAGUGUGCACCUGCACCUGUAAUCACACCCAAAGUGAUGGAUCAUGGUGUACUGACACCAUGGAGUACAGUUUUACAUCACUGUAGUGGGGUGAGAAGUUUCACCAAAAGAGGUGUUAUGUUUCUCUUUAAUAUUAUUUUGUCAGAUACUAUUUCCAAGGUCAAGAAUCAACUUUGACACUCACAUCAAAACAAACUGGUAGCAGUGAAAGAAGGGACUGUUGACAAUGUUUUAUUUAAUUAACUGGUUUAAGUCUUAAUGUAUGAGUCUUCAUGACGGCCAAAUGCAAGCAGGUGAAGAACCAUAAUUUUAGUUUGGUUUCCUUCCUCCCAGGCAGCCAUUCAUUACAGUUUGUUUCAGUACACUAAGAAAAUCUUGCAGACUUGGUUACAAGAAGUUAAUUCAUCACAGUCAACAUUUAGCCACAUUUAUAGUUGACAAUUAUUUUCUUCUAUUGUCACGCAGUAAUGCAGCUGAAAGCAGGGAUUCCUCCGUGUAAGUGUGUUCGUAAAACUGCAACUAACAAAAUGUGAGAGCUGGAUGUUUCAAAUCAUCACAUUCACAAGUUACUGCCAACAGGAAAUCAAGACUAGAAGACAAACGAGUAGUAAAGAUGACUAUCAUGAAAAGAACAAGUGUGAAUUUGGUAGUUUCUCGUGUUAAAAAGGUUGCUUUCUGACAUCUGAUGUCACAGUGUCCUUGAAUGCACCAACAAGGAGUUUUCAAGGCAGUUACUGCUCACACUGCAUUGGCAUA